ACUCUCUUUUCUCUGCUUUCACAGAAGUUUCAGGUCCGACUUGGGGAGCACCAGAAAACCGAAGAACUGGAAGAAGAAGAAGAACGAUUAGCAUCCCUCAUCCAAAAAUGUCCCAACAUGCGACUUCUCCGCCAGCUUCACGCUCGCAUUCUCACACGCCCUCUUCCCCUUUCCACAUUUUCCUUCGCGCUUUCCAAAGUCCUCGCCUUCUGCGCUCUCUCUCCCCUCGGCGACAUCCAUUACGCCCGCACCCUUUUCGCCCAAAUCCCAAACCCCAGCAUCUUCUCUUGGAAUUCCUUGAUCAAGGGCUGUUCCCAGAUUCAGAACCCCUCCAAGGAACCGCUAUUACUAUUUAAGAAGCUCGCUGAAACAGGGUACCCUGCCCCCAACUCCUUCACUCUGGCUUUUGUUCUCAAGGCUUGUGCGGUCGUUGCAGCGCUUGGGGAGGGCGUGCAGGUGCAUUGCCGUGUUUUGAGAGGUGGGUUUGGUGGAAGUCUGUUUGUUCAGACUGCGUUGGUUAAUUUUUAUGGGAAAUGCGAGGAGAUUGGUGUUGCCCGGAAGGUGUUCGACGAAAUGCCUGAGAGGAACUUGGUGGCCUGGACUGCGAUGAUUAGUGGGCACACGAGAGUUGGGGCGGUCAAUGAAGCUAUGGGGUUGUUUAGGGAGAUGCAGAAGGCAGGGGUUGGGCCGGAUGCGGUGACUCUGGUGAGCGUGGUUUCGGCUUGUGCUGUGGCGGGGGCCUUGGACAUUGGCUGCUGGUUGCAUGCUUAUAUUGAGAAGUAUUUUGUUUCAACUGAUCUUGAGCUCGAAACUGCACUCCUAGAUAUGUAUGCUAAAUGUGGGUGCAUUGAGAGGGCCAAGCAAGUUUUUGACAGUAUGCCUGUGAAAGAUACAAGAGCGUGGAGCUCGAUGAUUAUGGGGUUCGCAUGUCAUGGACUCUCAGAGGAUGCCAUCGAUGCGUUUCAACAAAUGUUGGAAGCUAAGGUGAUGCCGGAUCAUGUAACUUUCAUCGGUAUUUUAUCAGCAUGUGCUCACGGUGGAUUAGUCUCAGAAGGUCGAAGAUAUUGGUCACUCAUGCUGGAAUUUGGCAUUGAGCCAUCAGUUGAGCAUUAUGGUUGUAUAGUUGAUUUACUCUGCCGAUCUGGUCUUGUUGAAGAUGCUUAUAAAAUCGUUACGACAACGACCAUCCCACCAAAUCCCGCGACUUGGCGCAGUUUGCUAACAGGUUGCAAGAAGGAAAAGCUGUUGAAUCUAGGUGAGGUUGUUGCCGGGUAUCUUUUCAAAAUAGAACCUUUAAAUCCAGAAAACUAUAUUCUGCUCUCAAAUUUGUAUUCUUCUGUUUCACAAUGGGAGAAGAUGAGUGAACUUAGAAAGAAGAUGAAGGAGAGAGGCAUUAAGCCAAUACCAGGGUGUAGCUCCAUCGAAGUUGAUGGUGUUGUGCAUGAAUUCGUGAUGAGUGAUCGGUCCCAUCCGGAGAUGAAAAUGUUGAGAGAGUUUAUGGAAGAAAUGGCCGAGCGAGUCCGUGAUACCGGGUAUAGGCCUAGUAUUUCAGAUGUACUUCACAAAGUUGUGGAUGAAGAGAAAGAAGGUGCUCUAGGUGAGCAUAGUGAGAGGUUUGCAAUUGCAUAUGGGCUACUGAAAACUAGAGCACCUGUUGUAAUUAGGGUAGUGAAGAAUCUGAGGGUGUGUGGAGACUGCCAUGAAGUGAUUAAGAUAGUUAGUAAGAUAUAUGAAAGGGAAAUCAUUGUUCGAGAUCGAGUUCGAUUCCACAAGUUCAUAAAGGGAACUUGUUCUUGUAAGGAUUUCUGGUGAAUACAGCUUUUCUCUUCUCUCUUGAA